UCUCUAAAGACAUGGCAGAGAGAGGAUACAGCCGGGAUGUAACGCAGUGCCGCGUGAAAAUCAAGGAGCUGAGACAAGGCUACCAGAAGACCAAAGAGGCAAACGGACGCUCCGGAUCCCAUCCCCAGACAUCCCGUUUCUACGAGGCACUGCAUUCCAUCCUCGGUGCGGCCGCCACCACUACCCCACCACUGACCGUGGACUCUGAGGAUGGGAUAGUGUCCACGGCUGGAUCCUCGGACAUGUUAGCGGACGGGGAAGAUGAGGAAGGAGAUGAGGAGGACGAGGCAGUCGACAGCGCUCACAACGCUGAUUUCCCCGACAGCCAGGAUCUCUUCAUCACCCUUACAGAGAUCCCCUACCAACCCUCCCCAGCCGUUACCCCGGACACAGAAUCUGGGGAAGGAUCAGCCACCCCAUCUGCGACUGUCUCACAACCUAGCCUGUCAUCACACUCCCAGAGGCUAGCGCGGAUUAGGCAUAAGAAGAAGAGGACACGGGAGGACAUGUUCUCGGAGCUUAUAGCCUGCUCCAGAGCCCAGGCAGCACAGCAGACCCAGUGGCGGGAGAACUUGACCCGAAUGCACCAAGCCAACAUGGAUCGGGAGGAGAGGUGGCGUCAGGAAGACCAGCAGGCGACUCAAACCCUGCUUGGACUAAUGAGGGAGCAAACGGACACGCUCCGGCGCCUUGUGGAUGUUCUGCAGGAAUGGAGGCAGGAGGACAGAGCCCCGCUGCAGUCCAUCUCUAACCGCCCUCCCCCGCCACCAAGUCCCAUACUCCCCUCACCCAAAGUGCACAGAAGGAGAGGCGGCAGAGUCCCUGCUAACUCUUACUCCACCCCUGCAGAGAGCUCGAGCAGCAGAAGGCUCUCAUUCCCCAAAAUUUGAAAAGUUCUUUCCUUCCCGCCUGACACAAGCCCCCGUCCAAGUUUCACUUUCCCAGUUCCAUGUUUGGUUGAUAAUAAAAAAAUACGUUUCUGUUAA